UCAAAUGAGCGCUCGCUGUGAUUUUUGAGCGUGAAUCUCGGGCAGAGCUAUCUAUCUAGUUGGUCCCGCGGCUGCGGGUCGAGAAGACGGUCCUCAGAAAGUACACUAACCUGUGCGAGUUCCCUGGAGAAUCACUGUGCUCAGACUGAUAAGAAUUCAGAAUUGCAGAUGCUAGUCAAUAUCCCGCGGAAGAGCAAGAACCUCUUGCUCCUAAUUCUUUUCGCUCUGCUGUGGGCUGUCUUCUGGACCCAACUUUCUCCUCUCUCCCCCGCACCUCGCACAGCCGCCGGAGACCCGGUUCGCGGGAGACUCUCUAUCGAGGAUGCAUUCAACGACUUGGAACUUCAACCCCUGCCAUCGGACAUAGACACCUCGUCCAAUCAGAGUGUCAUCGAUGUCAUCGUAUUCGCCAAAUACGCGUACUCGAAAAUGAAGGUACCUCGGAACCUCUACGAGACCGUACGCAGUAUCCUGCAGUACGCCACUAUUCCCCUGCAUGUUCACAUCCUGGCCGACUUACCAUCCUACAUACGGAUAAAGCGAACGUUUCUGAAGCUCCAGGCGGGGUCAAGAAUCGCUUGUAAAUAUACGGUCUACGACUUGACGGAGAUCGAAAGGGAGAACCAAGCAACGAUCAGACUGAUGCGGAAAAACUUCUUCUCGAAGAAGAUCGAACGUUACGACGAUGAUAUCUUCUUCCUCACUCCGGUCUUCCACCGAGUGUUUUCCAAUCUCCAGAGAGCUAUUUUCCUCGACACAGACCUCCAGUUCCGGGCAGAUAUCGCGUCAUUGUGGCUCAAGUUCUCGGAAUUCACGAAAGGGAAUAUCAUCGGAAUCGGCCAUGACCUCCAGCCCCACUACCGGUACGAAUUCGCCGCUUACCAAAAACACAAUAACACAGACGUUGGGAGCGCUAGGCCGGGGAAACAAGGCUUGAAUACCGGUGUGAUGCUCAUGGAUUUCGACCGCAUGCGGAACUCGAGGAUCUACAACGGCUUGCUUGUCGGAGGCGGCCUCGAAGCUCUCUGCAACAAAUACGACUUCCAUGGUUAUCUUGGUCAUCAGGAUUUCUUCACUCUACUCGCGAACGAGUACCCCGAAAUGUUCUAUCUGUUGAACUGCGUUUGGAACCGCCAGCUAGACGACAGUUGGAGGGCACAUUAUAGGGCGGAGAUUUUCGAUGAAUAUCAUCGUUGCGACGGUUUCAUUAAGGUAUAUCACGCGAAUGGAGGGAGUAGGAUCCCUACGGAUCAAGCUGCAAAGGAUCUCAACUGA